AGCAAGCUGUGGGCUCUAAACAGCUCACUUCAAACCCUGGGCCAGACAGCCAGACCUUUCUCUCUGCCAUUCUCAUGGCUGAAGUACAAGUUGGUUGAAAAGCUUCUUCUGAGGUUACCCCUUCAGAGGGGAGCCAGCUCGGCUCAGGUGGCAGCAGCACUGUCUAAAUUCACUUGAUCCAUCAGCAUUUAAUAAAACCUGUAACAGAGCUGUUCCUUCACCAACUUUGCAAAGAAAUUUAGGGCUUGUAAGGUGGGAUGCAGCUGUUUAUGUGGCUGGUAACAGUCAGUGCUGUCAGAUAAUGGCGUUGCUUCCAGGCUGCUUGGCAAGUCCCACAAAGCAGUGACACUGACUAAAAUGGCAGCCUGGGAGAAAUGGCCAUUUUUCCCUGGCACAGAUCUUCCUGCUUUGGCAAUAUUCCAGCAUUGGACACCUAAUACUGUUCAUCUCUCUACAAGCUAGGUUCCAUUGAACCACAUUGCCAGCUCAUUGCCUUGCUUGGGGUGUCCUGUGCAGGGCCAGGAGUUGGACUCAAAGAUCCUUGUGAGUCCCUUCCAGCUCGGGAUAUCCUGUGAUUCCAUGAGCACCCUGUCUCCACAGAGCUAAGACUUUCCAGUCUGUCUGUACAGCAGUGAAACUGUUCCCUAUGUGAAGAGCCAAGAACUAUCCAUGUCCUUUCCAAGCUGUGCCAGGCAGGCACUGGAACAGGGCCCUGAGGGCAGGAAGCCCAGUGGAGGAUUGCUGUACCAGUUGUUUGUCCUGCCCACAGCUGUGUACAGAGCACAGUUCUCUGCAGGGUGAGGAUUGGGGCAUUCCUGGCAGACUUGCUCCUUCCACAGCACCUUUGCUCUACUUGAUACACUUCCUGCUGUCUGAAUCCAUAUCUGAAUCCUAUCCAGCACUGUCCUUCUUGUGCUUCUGGAGAUGAUUUUAAUAAUUUUUUUCCCCUCUGAGCUGCUGCAGAGUGAAAAAGAACUUGUCUUGCCAGCUUCUGCAGUAGCUAUUUAAAAAUGUGGGAAAGCCAUAAAACCAAUGAGGAUGGAUGAGUGUCCCUCCCCAGUUGCUUGCAGCUGCUCCAGCUUCCCAAUAUGUGCUGGGGAUCUGAGAAGGAGAUCUGGAAACCAGAAGCAAUGGAAAGGGUGGGAAGAGGACCUUGUUGGGCUGCCACCAGCCACAAGGCCCAGAUCUGACAGAUUUGUCUUGUGUUUCCCUACAAGGUCCAUGAGGAUCAAUCCCCUUUUGCCAACUCUGAAUCCAUUAGGAGUGAAUUUCCCAAGCCCUGGUACACUGGCCUUGUGCUGUACAAAGUUAAAGUUGAAAGGGGAGAGACAUAUCCACAUCCAACUUUGUUGUUCACGAUCCUACAUGGCCCUUCUUAGGGCAGGAGUAUUUUGCACUCUGAGCAGCACACCAAGCCCUUGAGCCCAACAUCCUUUGGGAUGUUAACAACAUAAAGUGUCUGUUUUCAGUUGUUGAGACCAGACAGGAUGAUUUGCAUCUUCUUGCUCUGCAUCUUCAUGCUCCCUGUGGGUCACAGUUUUUCCUCCUCCCACUCCUCCAUCUCCUUCAGUCAGAGCAGUUCUCAGCAUCAGCAGUUUGUCUCUCCAGUGAGACCUGUUGCUCCACCUCUGUACCCGCUACCCUGUGGCUGUGCUGCUCCUGAAAUAGUGGGUGGGAGCCUGUUGCUCUGGUUCAGCCCGUCUCUAUGUAAGUGCCUACAUCUCUCCAAGGCUGUUCCAUCUCGGGGGCCAGGCUGUUGUGCAGCUAACUCAGAUGGUUGAAAUAGCCACUGAGAAAACACAACCCCAGGGUAACCUGUGGCAUGGCUGUUGAAAGCUUAACUCUUUCUUGCUUCAACCCAGCCUGAAUUUCAGAAGCAGCUUUGCUUGUACCUCUGCAGGGUAAACACUGCCCAUGUCCAAGCUGUAAGACAGAAGGGAGAAGCCAAUCUGCCCAGACACAAGCGAGCUCUGUGGUCACACAACUAAUGUUUCACUCUUGGGGAAUUUGGCAUUCAAACCCAGAGGUACAGGACAGUGCUCUCUCCAGACCCAAGGGCAGGCUCUGCAGCAUCAGCAGUUCCCAUGCAGGAGUUUCUACGUGGGCAUCUCCAGUUCUGCUUGCUGUGACUUUCCAGGCUGCCAAGGAGACGUGAGGCUCUGCCGGGGACCUGCCAGCCUUGUGUGAUGAGCAGCCACUUGCCAGGACUCACACCAAGCUUCCCGGGACACUGAGCUGCUGCUUGGCAUCCUGACCGCUUCUGAUUCCUUGCUGUGCUGCUGGCAGGGUGGGAUUGAUGUCCAGUUUGGGACGCUGGGCAGGGACAAGCCCGUCACCAUCCUCUGUGCCCUUGGCAGGCUGGGGGACCAAGCUGGACCCCUCACUCUAAGGGGGCUCUGUGUAGCGAGGGAUGGGUUUGGGGCUGUCCAUAUUCAUCCUGGUGGGAAGAGCCACCUCCUUUCCAUCUGGGAACUGUGUCACUGCUGGAAGCUGGAAAUGGCACCACAUGCACCACAGGCCAGAGCCAGCAGCCUGGCAGCAGGGCAGUAGCUGAGCCUGAGCACCAUCCCCCAGGGCUUGGAGCUGCCUGGGGGGCUGCCGGAGUCCCCAGCACAGGCGUGCCCCAGGGAUGUAGGAGCUGGGAGCAGGAGGGGCCCUGCAGCCAUGGGCCGGCUGGACGACCAUGCCAAGAGGAGGAUCGUGGAGCUGCGCCGGGCUGGGCUGAGCUUCCGCAAGAUCAAGAAGGUGCUGGAGCUGGACGACAUCCGGGUGACGCCGCAGGCCGUGUACCUCUUCCUCAAGAGGAAGAGCGUGGAGCUGGGGCUGGCAGCACCUGGCUGGGACAGGGACCAGCCCUGGCCUCCACUGCAGGGGCACGAGGCUGAGCCCCCCAGGCUGCUGGGCACCCGGCCCCCUGCAGUGCCCCUGGGGGAUCCCACAGGCAGCCAGGACACCAAGGAGAGCAUCCAGAUGGUUAGUGUGGCCUCCCUCUGCAAGGACGGUGGGCAGCUCGGGGACACCCUGCCCGUGGGGCCGGCCCCUGGGAAUGGUGACGACAGCUCCACAGGCACCCUCUUGGCUCCGGGGAGCUGCCCCGCUCUGAGGGUCUUGGCCACCCCCCACCAGCCACUGCCCAGCCGAGGGCGGCUGGUCACACCUCACACCAGGAACCCAGCCCUGGUGGUGAAGAAGACAACUGUAGACAGGGCUGUUCUCUGGCAGAAAAAGGUCAAAGAUGCCAGCACUCAGACUGCCCUGCCGAACGCCGUGGGUCCAGAAAAUCACCAACUUGCUUGGGGUGUGCCAGUGCCCCCCUCUGCUCCCAGUUCCCAAGCCAUUGCUGAGAAGCUGGACACUGUGCAGAUGGAGGUGCAGAGGCUGAGCCAGGCCCUGCACGUGGUGCUGGAGCAGCAGUGCCGCCUGGAGCGCCAGCAGGAGCACCAGCAGCGGCUGCAGCAGGAGGUGCUGAUGACGCUGCAGCAGCUCAGCUCCACAGUGAGCCACGGGGCUGUGCCAGCCAACCAGCCCCGCGGCCCCUUCAGCAGCAUGGCCGAGCCCUCGCCCACCCUGCCCAACUUCAGCCAGUUCAAGAUGGAGCUGAUGUGAGCUCCCGCAGUGCCGGUGCGCUCCAGUGCUGUGCUGAUGGAGCCGGGAGGAAGAACCACCUCUCAGAGGCUGCCCGAGGAUUACGUGCAGCACCCAGCAGAGAAGGUCCCUGGUGUUCUCAGCCCUGCUGACUGGAAGGGGCUGCCUGGCACAAGGGGCUGGGCAGUGGAAGGCUGAGGCUUCACUCCUGUGCUGCUCAUCCUGGCUGGUGCUGGAGCUGGCUGGCGGCCCCCUAAGAGGGACACAGCAGGGAGGUGGGACUCAAAGGAAACAUGAGGCUUCCUGCUCAUGAGGGUCAAUCAUGAGUGCUGUGAUGGUCAAUCACAGGAACACCUCCUGUCCUCCCUCUGCAGAACGUUGUUCAGUAAAAACCUAUUUACAUCAUGAUUCAGA